AUGGAUGAUCAAGGCGGUAGCGAGUCCGGAAUCCGGCAGUUCAUUAGACUGAAUGAAAUCCUCCAAAAGUGGCAGCCGGACACCCCGGAUUCGGAAGAAAAUCAUGGGGUUUUCUCACAUGAGAUUAACACAAGGCUCAAACACCUCAUAUCCUGUGAUUCCGACGAGGAUAAUUGCCACGGCCCCGAACCACCCCCCGAUGUCCCGAAGGGGUAUUUGGCGGUUUACGUGGGGAUGGAGCUUCGAAGGUUUAUCAUCCCCACGAGAUACCUUAGCCAUCCCAUCUUCACGAUUUUGCUGGAGAAGGCGGAGGAGGAAUUCGGGUACGGUCACAUCGGCGGACUUACUCUUCCCUGUGAAAUCGAGACGUUCAAAUAUCUCCUGAAAUGUAUAGAGAAUUAUCCUGUUGGCAACUCGGUUUCUUCCCAACAGGUUCUUAUCUGUUCUUUAAGUUAUGCCGUCCCAGAAACUUCACCUUAA